CCUUCCCGCGCACGUCGUUCGAGGUGGAAGUUGGUCAUGGUCGUCCGCCAAACGGAAAGCCGCCAUGAUGGCUUUCUGUAAAGUACGCUCAAUAUGUGAAUUUUCGUUAUUGUUUUUCAUUAAUUGUGACUGAGUGCGUGCAAAAAUUAAUCAUGGGAACGAACUAGAGUGUGCAAAGUGCAAUUUGCGGUCCUUUGGGACUUCCUAGAGGAGCUAUAAAGUGUUUUAUGAGUGCAUUUUUGUGUCGACGCUAGCGUGUUUUGUUCUGUCAACAAAAUGUCGAAGCUCUCGUUUAGGGCGAGGGCCCUGGAUGCGUCGAAACCAAUGCCCAUAUACCUCGCCGAGGAGCUUCCGGACCUCCCGGACUACUCGGCGAUAAAUCGUGCUGUACCUCAGAUGCCCUCUGGAAUGGAAAAAGAGGAGGAAUGUGAACAUCACCUCCAGAGAGCAAUAUCAGGCACGGGGCUCAUAAUACCAACGCCAGAAGUAUGCCAGGUCUCCGAUCUCGACUUCUACGAACGAUGUUACCCGCCCGACUACAAGAUGCCCAAGCAGCAUAUUCAUAUGCAACCGCUAUGGGAAGAACAAGAGGCGCCAGAAUACGACAUCGAUUCAGAAGACGAACUGUGGCUCAAGCAACAACGGCAUCCGGAGCUCACCGAACUCCUGUUCGAGCAGAUGAUGGACAAGCUGGAAAAGUGCUCGGGGCAGACUGUCGUCACUUUGAACGAGGCAAAAUUGCUGCUCGAGAGGAAGGACGACUUGGUCAUCGCCGUUUACGAUUACUGGCUUAACAAACGACUCAACACCCAACACCCGUUGAUCCUGACCGUCAAAACGGAGAGCCGGCCGGGGCAGUCCACCAACAACCCCUACCUGGCUUUCCGACGACGCACAGAGAAGAUGCAGACCAGAAAGAACAGGAAAAACGACGAAAGCUCCUACGAAAAGAUGCUAAAGCUGCGCCGGGAUCUGGCACGGGCAUUGACCUUACUCCAACUUGUGGCGAGACGCGAACAGGCCAAGCGUGACCUCGUGCGGUUGACUACGUCGCUCGCCGAUAAACGCUUCCAGGCCGGCGACUUUGCCAAUCAGCUGUUGCCUGAACCACCACCCAGACCUGUGGUGGGCACUGGACUCGCAGCAGCGCUGCGGCGCGAGCAGCUGUUGCACUUCCCACCCAGACCGGAACCCGCGCCACACGACCUGCCCAGACCUCGAGAGAAGCGGCCAUACAAGCGACGCAAGCACCGUCAUCACGCCGUCGCCUCCACGCAGGGGCUGCGAGAGUCGGGCGUGGGUACAUCGUCGGAGGAGGAAGGAGGGCGAUUCGCGGGCGCCACGACGGGUGACACUUCGCCUCACGACGACGGCCCGUUCGCCUUCCGCAGGAAACCCGGCUGCUACUACGAGAUGCCAACAACAACACUUUACGGCGAUCCUGUGGACCCUGACAACACCGGCAAGGAUGCGAUGUUCGAACACGAGAUUGAUGAAAGGCAUAGGUAUACGCUAACAUCGAUCUCGCAACCAUACUCGUUGUGCGUCGGCUUCGCGCGACGCCGAGUCUGCCGCUUGGGUCGCGUGGCGCUGGACCGAACUGCCACUCCCCUGGACGACCUCUGGCCCAAAUUACCACACCAGCACACGCAGUCCACUAGUUACAAGCGCGAUCGGGAUGAAGAGGUGGAACUGGAAACGAAAGUGCAUCGAACGCCAAAAGAAAUGUCGCGAGACUACCACUCGAGCGGCAAGCACCCGUGGCGGCACGCCUUCCGGCAGCACCUCGCGCGCAACCCGCAUCUCUGGACUAGCGACGUUAAACCCGACCUCGACGUUAAAAUGGACGCCGACGACGUCAAAAUGGACGUCGACGACGUCAAAAUUGAUAUCGACGACGUCAAAAUGGACAUCGACGAUAUCGACAAAAGUGAUUUACCUCAAGAUAGUGAUAUUAGCAUAAGGACUAUUGACGAUUUAUUAAAAAUGGACGAUGUUUGUGAAGUGAAGUGUGAGAAAAGUGACUUAGAAGUGAAUUGUGAGAUAGAUAAAGAAGUGAGAAGCAAUUUGGAGAGGGUAGUGAGGAAGCGGUCGUGGAGCGGGUGCAGCGACAGCAGCUACGACUCCGACGAAAGUUUACAUCCUGUGGAAAAGGAGUUUGAAAAAUUCAUCACUGAAGUUAAUAAAGAAUGGUUACACUUCCGACCAAAGACCCCUCCACCAUCCCCCCCACACAACUCUGACGAUCAGUUUCCGAUCUCCCUAGACACCCCCUUAACCGUCGAACUGCGACCAGGAGAGCCCUCGAUUGAAGAAUUCGAACCAUUCACUACUGCUGAAUUCACCUUAGGUGAUCUAUACGGAGAGCUGCCCGAGGCUGAUAACAGUGGAAGCAGUUUGGAUAUCAGUGGGGAUGAUCUAUUGACGGAUAACUUUACUGGUCUGACUGAGGCUCAGGUGGAGAGCAUAUUAUCUGAGACAGAUCUGAAGUCUCUGGACGCGGAGCUGAAGGACAAAAAGAUCGCCGAAGACAUCCUGGACGAGCUGGUCCGCGAGGUGGACGGCAAGGAGCCGGGGCGGUCGGGCCCGGGCCGGGCCGGCGCCAAGGGCCGGCGAAGGCGCCCCGCCGACGCGCUGGGCUGCUCGCGCGUCACGCUCACCGCGGACAAGGAACCAAUUUAUUUAGAAAAACCAGAACCAGAGAUAAAGAUCGAGCGGCCCCCGACACCGGUGAAGAAAGUACAAACGCCGGUGAAACAAGAAGUGCCACUGAGCAAAACGGAGAAGGUGGAACCCAAGCCUGAACCUUCGCCGGUGCCUAAUUCCAAAAUCAUCGUUGAAGAAGUCAAUGAGGUGCCACAGCAAAUAAAAAUCGAGAAGAAAAAACCUCAAGACACAAUCGAAGAAGUCCAGCUGGCUCAUGGUGUGCAACUGAAAACGGUUCAGACCAAGCAUUCUCCUUUGAAGAAGCACAUCAUCACCACUGGCGGCCGUCGAACCGGCGACAUGACGUCACACGUGGCUGUCAGCCAAGCUGUCAGUGCCAGCCAAGCGGACGGUGUGCCGCCCCAGAUAUUGACAGUAUCUGUCUCUGAUAGCUUGAAGGUGCGGCUGCAGAACCACCUGCUGUCGUCGCAGGCGGGCGCGUCGGGGGCCACGGUGGUGGGGCUGGUGCAGAGCGUGGCCAACGGGCCCUUCGCGGCGCCGCCCGUCGCCGUCGCCGUGCCCGUCGCGCAGAGGGACGCCACGGUGGGAGUGUCGGUGGCGGGCACGUCGUCGCCGCGGCGCGUGUCGGCGCCGCUGGUGCAGCUGGCGCCGGCGCUGGCGCACAAGCCACUGGCGCACCCGCCCGUCGUCGUGGCGCAGUCGCACACCAUCCACCACGUCGCGCCCAACAAGCUCAAGGUCCUGCACGCCCACCCAUUAACGCAAACACAACGAACCCAACUCCUCGCCCAGAACAGAAGCAUCACCCAGCUGCCAGCUGUGGUAUCUCUGGCCACUUUGGGCGAAGCGAAAACGUCCAACACAGCAUUAUUAAAGGCUGCACCUGGAGUUACACAGUUCUUCGAAAUUAAAGGCGGACAGCUCGGAAAAGGACCACAUCUAGUCAACGUCGUAAGACAACCUCAACCCGGGAAACCAACAGUGGCGAGAUUAGACUUGAACGACGCUAAGAAACGACAAGUCAUCACCACCUUCGACGGUACAGCGCUCAAGGGGAAUAUACAGGCUAUCACGCGGCCGCAUAGGGUUAAUGUCAACCUGGACGGACGACAGAUCGUCCGCGCGGCGUUGCCGGCGGUGCGCGCGCAGCACGUGCGGCACCAGAUCCAGGUGAAGAACCGCACCUUCCAGGUGGCGGCGCCGCUGGCGCGGGCCGACGCGGCACCACUCGCCGUCGCCUCGCCCGCUAAGACCACCUCCAUCCCCAGCUCCGUCGUCGCCAACCUGCUGCACAAGAACGUGCAGCUGCCCAAGGGGAGUCAAAAGAUAGCCAUUAGCGGCGGUACAGUGCAAACAGUUCAAGCAGUGUCCGGGGUCGGGACCGUGUCGAGCGUAAGCGGUCUGGCCGCGAACGUACAGGCCAUCGCCUUCACAACUGCGCAGCUGAAGGCCAGGCAGGCCAGGCUUAUUGCGCAGCCCAGGCCGCAGCCUAGAACAGAAAUCGUGGAGGCGUCGACUGCGCCGGCUACCUCGACCUCUUCAGAGACGCCCAUGGAGGAGGGCGAUGAGGCCGCGACCAACGGCGCCGUCCGCCGCCGCCCUAAUGACACGCUGCCCAUGGAGGUUACGUGACAAACGACCUCUGUCCUCGCCUCUGCCGCCAGCGGUAAGUCAGAGGUCACCUUCACCUCUAAAGUCAAAAUCACCUCUGACAAAUGCGCCUCCACUGUCAAAGGCGCCUCUUCUGCCAAAAGCGUCAAACUCGCCGACGUCAAAAAACGUCAAUGCGAUGUGGACAUCGUCAAGGAACGUUCCGAACCGUCUAUUGUCAAAAAACGAGAUGCCAAUGCGAAAGUAAGCUUCGAGAUCUUAAAACGCGAUUCGAUGGCGUCCAUGUUAGACAAGAAACGUAUAUCGAGCAUAAAACCUGUAUGCACGGUGACGUCGUCGGAUAUUGUCAAUCCUGUUGUUAUAAAUGAGGCAACUACGUCAGAAGUUGUCAAGAAACGUCAAUUUGGUCCAAAAACAACAUCAGAUAUCAUCAACAAACGCGAAGUAAAACCUGCUGAAAAAACAAAAUUU